AUGAAAAAAAAGCAAGAGAAAAAAAAGGUCAGUUUUUUCAACAAAUGUUGAAAUACAUUUUCUUAAAGGCUUUACCGUUGUCUUCGAAAGUUUCGAUCGAAGAUAAUGGAAUACUUCUUGAGGCUCAAAAAGAAAUAAAGAACGUCGAAACAUUGUUGGGGGAUGAAUUGGCGAGACACUUUUCUCUUCAGGUAGAAUGUUUCAAUUUAUUUAGCUCAAAUUAAUUCAGGUUGACAUUCGUCAAUACGAAGACAUAUUGGUCAAGCUCGAAAAUGGAAGCGUUAGUUGAAUUUCCUACCCAGUUUUGAAAAUCAGAUUCGUUUUAGGAGCAUAAAAUCUCGCAUUUGGGUCGAGUUUCCAUGAAAAACCCAUUGAUGGUCACGAUAAACUUUGCCGACAAUCCGUCAGCAAUAAAAUGGGCUAAGCUCGCCCUGCAGGUAAUGGUUUUGGGUUUCCACUCUUUCUACUUGACACAAUGUAGAAGUCAACACUGAAUGUGACCCCGCAACAAGAAGGCGUCAUGCUCUACAUAAAUAUCCAACCCAUGACGCGCCAAAGACGAGAACAACUUGCUUCGGACGCCAAGACGAAGCUGUUCAAUGAGUACAAACGAGCACUGAACGAGGUGGUCCAAAAUGAAGAAAAAUAACCUGCUUUUCUUUCCAGAUUUACAGUAAAAGCGAUAGAAAGUCGAGUGCAGAGUUCUCGGCGAAACCGGACGAAGCCAAAAAGACGAGGGAGAAACUCUUAGAAAUGAAACAUUAUGCAGAGUCGAGCGGCCUUCAAAUGAUUGAACUCAAGAAAGAACAACUUUUGAAACAAGUAGCAUAA